UGCCAUUCCCGUCGCGACAUUGCCCAAUUUAGCGCAGAAACGAGACGAGCAACAAAAACGCGAGGAGCCACGCGCGCAAUCCCCGGCCUGCACCGCACGCGCGCCCUCGCUACAUUGUCGCCCAGGGUCUCGGGCACUAAGGGGCUGGGCCGGGGGGGGAAGGUUUCCGGCGUUGCGCCACCGUUCCCGCGUGUUGCGUUGAUUCCUCGGGUCGAACCAACGCGCGGCGCGGGGUCCCGGUCGCGGCCAUGGCGCAGCUGCCGCCCAAGAUCCCCACCGUGGCGCCGGCGUGGCCGGAGUUCGGGGGCGGGCACCAGCAGCAGCGCAGCCCCUCCGUGGGCACGUUCCUCGCCGCCGCGCCCAUGCAGCCGUCGUGGGUGGACGAGUUCCUCGACUUCUCCGCCGCCAAGCGCGGCGCGCACCGCCGCUCCGUCAGCGACUCCGUGGCCUUCCUCGAGCCCGAGCCCGGCCCCGGCGACGGCAAUGCCGGGGCGCAUGACUUCGACCGCCUCGACGACGAUCAGCUCCUGUCCAUGUUCUCCGACGACCUCCAACCGCCGCCGCCGCAGCCGCAGACGCAGGCCGCGCCCGCGCCGGUGGCGAGCUCGUCGUCGCCGUCCGACCACAACAGCAUCAACGACGAGAAGACGGAUAGGGGCGACGCCGAGGAGGCACAGAGCAAGUGCCACGGCGCCGCCGCCACCGCCACCGCGGUGGAUCCUAAGCGCGUCAAGAGGAUCCUGGCGAACCGGCAGUCCGCGCAGCGGUCGCGCGUGCGCAAGCUGCAGUACAUCUCGGAGCUGGAGCGCAGCGUCACGUCGCUCCAGACGGAGGUGUCGGCGCUGUCCCCGCGCGUGGCGUUCCUCGACCACCAGCGCUCGCUGCUGACGCUGGGGAACAGCCACCUGAGGCAGCGGAUCGCGGCGCUCGCGCAGGACAAGAUCUUCAAAGAUGCUCAUCAGGAGGCACUGAGGAAGGAGAUCGAGAGGCUGAGGCAAAUCUACCACCAGCAGAGCCUGAAGAGCGGCAGGGAGCCCGACGCGGCCCCGUCGGUCCGCGACGACAAGGACAUGAUCGGCAGCGAGGGGACCGCCGCGCCCGGCCCGCCCUCGUGAUGAGGAGGAGGUGGUGGGGCGACACGUCCAGACAUCCGAGUCGGUCGCUGUAGUCGGGGAUGGCCCUGUCGCCCGCCCUGCAGCCCAUCACAGCGAGGUUGCCGCUGCCGCUGCUAGGAUUGGUGUGUGUGUGCCGUGUGCGUGUCCGUGUGUGCAUUCUUUGGGGGUGUGUAACGUGAUGUGAUGUAAAGAGAAGAGGAACUGCAUCGGUUUGGUUUGGUUUGUUUAUCCUUGCAUGCAUAUGCAUCUGCAUCCUCUCCUGCUGCCUUCCACCACCUCCCCUGAUUUGUAAUUUUUGUUCGAGCAUUUUGGGCCAAGGCUGUAGGUAAAAAAGGACCAAAAGCAAUUCAGAGU